CAGCGUCGACGAGAAUAUGCCGAACGUAGAGCUGCCGGAGACUGCCUACGAAGUUGACCAAAUUGCAAUUGCAGGUGGCCAAACCUUCGAUUAUUCUUUUCUCCUUCGUGCUAUUGAAGCCAUCAAUACCGUCGCUCAAAGCAUCUGGUUCUACGACGAAGAGGAACAGGAGAAGAACAAGGAGAACAUUCCUCCUGAGCUCCUGGACUAAGAUGAAAUGAAGGAAGAUGUGCAGAGGGCUUGACUUUGGCCUGCUUGGAAGGAUAAACAACACAGGGACAACGCCAGGCGCUCAAGUCCUACAACUCUUGGUGACUAUGGAACUCGGUCUCAGGAUAUUACGAUGAGCAUACGAGAUAUGAGCAAUGAGACACGAUUGGAUGAUUAGUUUGGGGGGGGAAGGGGGGAGGGUUGGCAUUAAGCGAUUGGGAUCGCUUGGAGUUUUGGACCGUAACAUAGCGUCCUGCGCUUGAAGCCAUUACGAACUUGGUGCUCAUAGAUGCACAAUCAUAAUUAUUUCCCCUCACAUACGAUGAGUUGUCCAUGAAUAAGCUGAACAAAGUGAAUGUGUGUU